AUGUACGGCCUCAUCCUGCUCGCCAGCGCCGCCGCCGCGCCCUGCGACAUCUACGCGGCCGGCGGCACGCCGUGCGUCGCGGCGCAUUCCAUGGUGCGGCACCUCUACGACGCCUACGCGGGCCCGCUCUACCGGGUCCGACGCGCCGACGACAACGCGACGCUCGACGUCGGCGUCGGCGGCGUCGCGCGCCAGGACGAGUUCUGCGCGAGGUCGCUCUGCCGCGUCGCGCGCAUCUUCGACCAGUCGUCGCGCGAGAACGACCUGGUCGUCGGCAUCGCGGGCUCGUCCGGCGGCCGGCGGCCGGACGCCGGCGUCGUCGCGAAUCGCUCGCUCGCGUCCGCGGCCGGGCGGCCCGCCUACGCCGCCGUCUUCGAGGGCGGCGAGGGCUGCCGGACGAGCGGCGCGACGGGCGUCGCGACGGGCGACGCGCCGGAGACCGUGUACGCGGUCCUCUCCGGAGACUACUACAACGACGCGUGCUGCUUCGACUACGGCAACGCCUAUCCCGACGCUCGGGACCACGGCGCGGGCACGAUGGAGGCCAUCUACUUCGGCAACAAAACCAAGGAGACGUGGAGCCGCGGCGCCGGCGCCGGUCCCUGGGUCCAGGCCGACCUCGAAUCCGGCCUCUGGGCGGGCAACGAGAGCGUGAACGAGCGCAACGUGCCCGUUACGUCUCGCUUCGUGACGGCCGUGCUGAAGGGACGCCGGGGCGGUUUCGUCCUCAAGGCCGGCGACGCGACGCGGGGCGCGUUGCGCACGCUCUACGAGGCCAUGUCGCUGGGAGGCGCGGUGGUCCUCGGCACGGGCGGCGACAACUCCAACGGCGGCGUCGGCGCGUUCUACGAGGGCGCGAUCACCGCGGGCUUCGCCAGCGACGAGACCGACGCCGCCGUCCAGGCCGACGUCGUCGCCGCGGGGUACGCGUAA